UUUCCCAUUUGCGCUCAGUAUACCUGGUGUGCUGGUCUCAAGCACAUCAGUGGCUGCAUCAUGUUGGCCUCGUCCAAGCGGUGUCGCGCGCCCAGCGACAGCGACGACUACCUCCCUGCUGCUCACAACUACCAAUUGGCGCCCAUGAAGGCGCUUCUGCGCUCAGCCAGACGAGAUUUCUGCCUAGACAGUCUACAAAACUCGUUCCCCAUCAAGUCCGAAGAAGAUUCAAAGCCCCAAGAAUCAGCACUAAAACACGAGCAAGUGGGCAAUAACUCAGACCAAGAGCUCAACCAAAAGUGCCGCAUACUGGCCGAACUGAUCGCUAAUUCCCGACACCUGGUGGCCUUCACGGGCGCCGGCAUCAGCACGUCCGUGGGCAUCCCAGACUACCGCGGAGAGCACGGUAUCCGCACCAAGAACUUUAAGAAACGACAGAAAAUCGACGAGGAUAAUGAUGAGAGCAGUGAUGCAGACGAAAGCGACGUUAAAAUCGAGGAGAGCAAGCCUAUAAUCCCAGAUUUUAACAAACUGGUGCCUUCCACGACGCACAUGGCACUCCAUGAGCUCCAUCGACUGGGCUACUUGAAGCACGUUGUUUCCCAAAAUGUGGAUAAUUUGCACCUAAAAAGUGGCAUACCGGCGAGUGCGUUGACGGAGGUGCACGGUAAUGCCACUCACGCCAAGUGCGAGACUUGUGAGAAGAUUUAUACCAAGGACUUCCCGUGGACCGGGCUGUGUGACGACCCCGAGUGCGUAAGUACAAAACGGCCAGUCGAGCAGAGACUGAGAGCUCGCACACGACACGGUAACGGCAGGUUGAAACGGAACGUCGUGGGUUUCGAUGAGCCGCUGGGGGAUAUUGACUUGGCUAUCGACGAAUGUGAGGCAGCCGAUGUCGCGCUGGUACUGGGCACGUCUCUAAGAGUCGAACCGUUCUCGGAAAUGGCUGGAGACUAUGCAGGAUCGCUGUGUAUUGUCAACUUGCAGACGACAACAUCGAAACUGGAUCGUCGAGCGGAGGAAACGGGAGUUCGGCUGUUUGAGAAGACGGAUGUGGUGAUGGAGAAGAUGAUGCAGUAUCUGAUGAAUGACCCUAGUUAUCGUGUUCCCAAGUGGACUGGACAACAUCCAACCUCUGUGUUUGAACCUGAGCACGAGAGCAAGAACCUCGUCAACGUACUCGCUGGGCGUAUGCUAUCAUGACAGACUUGCCUCGUCACCAAGCUGGUAAUUUAUAUAUCUUGCAGUUUUUUUUUCCUAACGGGCAAUAAUUUUUUUGAAGAAACACGAGAAUUCUAUGCGUUAAAAAAACAUUGACGAUCUGAUCUCUACGCCUCGUUCAUGAGCGCCGUAAUUUCCUUGUAGUCUGCGAUAAGAGCGUCUAGUUCUUCCGAGUAU